AGACCGCCAAGCCGCCGCCUCGUUCCGGUUUGAGCCUGGAGGCGUGGGGCUGCUAGCUGCCCGUCCCUCGGGGGCCUUCCGGACUGGCUCCUGGGCUUGAGGGGCGGUCAGUGAGUCGGCUGGCCGUUAGACGGCGGCCGCCACAAGCCCAGCCCAGCGCAGGGCGCGACGGGGCGGGCGGGCGGCGCUUGGAGCAUUCCGCUGAGCCAGCCGGGCAAGGGAGCGGCGAGCAGACGGGACGGGCGUAGCGCCGAGGCUGGAGCGCCAGCCCGCCACACAAAGGCAAUGGCCGAGGCGCGGCGGCGGCGGCAGCAGCAGCAACAGCAGAGGCGGGCGGGCGACAAGUAGCGAAGGGGGCCUGGCUAGGCCCGGGGCGAGGACGGCGGCGGCUCGUGCUGUGGACCGAGAGAGGAGCAGGCGCGGCGUCCAGUAUGGGAGGCGAAGGCUGUUCGCAGCCCUUGCUGCUGCUGCUGCUGCUGGGGGUUCUGCUGCUGCUGCGGGCCUCGGCGGGGCCGGUCCCGGGCGAAGUGGACGCCGAGGUAGGUCCCCCGCUCUGCUGCGCUUCUUGUUGCGCCUUGGCCAGGCAGGCCGCCUGGGCAAGGUCUCCCGCCUGCCCCGCCGGCCGAACAAAAGAGCGGCGCUCCGGGGGGAAGGGGCGAACUGGGCCCGCGGGAGGCGUCCAGGAGGUGGCGGCGGCGGCAGCGGCAGCAGCCCUGCCUUGCGCUCCCCAGACUGCCACCUGCGCCCCGGGCUCCAGUCCGGAGAGCGCAGGUAGUCGGCGGUGCAACGUCGCAGCGCGCCGGCCCGGGGAAAACCCAAGCAGCCGAGGGCCCACGUGGGGGCCCCAGGCUGCUCCCGCCCCGCUCCCCGGAAGGGCGACUCCAUCGUGGCCCGCAAAUAGGGGGAAAGCGAGCCUGGCCUUGGAACAAGCAACUUGUGGGAAGAGGAGCGCUCACUUGUUCAUCUUGUCUCUUUCAGCUUCGGGCUUGAUGGCCUGACAGGUGCCCAGCUAUGCCCAAAUUAUAUGGGGUUGAGGGGUGCUGUGUUCACCUUUUAUUUUGCUCUUAAGCUUUGGAGAGCUUUGAUCCAAGACUGGAAGAGGGAGGCUAGAGAGAGCUUUCUUGGCAAAGUCCUCCUGCCUGGGCAGUGUAAAGGGCAGAGGAGAACCCUGGGUUCUAGAUAAACUCAGGACCGUGGCUGGGCUGCCACGGUCUUCCGGACAACCUUUGCCAAGUUGGUGCCAAAGGUCGGGGAUGAUGGAAAUUGUGAUCCAAAAUAUCUGGUGGGCACCAGGUUGAUGAAGGCUGCUGGGAACCUCAACGCGACCUCUACUUUCCAGAAUGGCCGUUCACAAAAAGGGGGGGGGGAGAGGAUACCAAAGGGGUUCUUGUCAAAAGAUUGCAAACUUCUCAUCCUGGUUAGUUUUGUCCUCACCCACUUGAACAUGAGUGGCAGAAGUUGGCAGCCCCAGGAUCUGGGCUAGUGCUGCAAGGACAGGUGAAUGCCUGCAGUGGGCACCACCCAGCAUAGUCAGGAAAGUGCAAGGAAGCCCAAGACACCUUCCUAGGGGGAAAUAAAUAGGGGGUGGGAAGAGCUUUGGGCUGCAGCCCUGAAAACAGGCACAGUUGGCAGCAGAUGCCCUUGAAUCAGUGGCUGGGAGGACCUCCUGUCUCAGAGGAGAUGUGCAUCAGGGAGCCCAGUGGUCUAUGUGUUCACAGGCUGCAGCAACAGCACACACACCUGCCAUAAGUAGUUGUGGUGUCUGUGUUUGCAGUUAGUGAGGUGGUGAAGCAUUUUCAGCAGAACCUUCUCUUGCUAAGUUACAACUUGCAUGUUAUCAGUGCCAAGACCGGAUUUCUAUUCUAAUAAUUCAAUUGGAUUUUUAAAAAUGCUCUCUUCACAGCCUGUGAGAGCAAUACAAGCUAAGGUCUCCCCCCACCCACCAGAGGUGAGAGAACUUUGCAAGAGGCUUUGGGUGUGUUAGAGAGCAGCUGGCUCAGUAUUAAGGAAGCAGUUGAUUUCCUGCAAGGCAAAAUGUAUGGAGACGUGAGUGAGAACUUAGGCUGACUUUGAAGGAAUGGUGCAAGGUGGCAAAUGUGAAGUCUGCCUAUGCCAACCUGGUGCCCUGCAGCUACCAUCAGCAUGGUGUGUUGGGUGGGGGCUGAUGGGAGUUGUAGUCAGUCCAGCAACAUCUGGAGGGCACCAGGUUGGGGGUGGCUGUAUUGUCUUAAAAGGGCAAGUUUCCAAAAAUUUAUUGUCACUGGACAUGGGGAAGGCACAGAGUUUGAAAGAAUCUUGGUCUUGGCACUGAUGUGGACGGUGCAGCUUGAGGGAAACUUGGAAUAGCAAGGCUCUUGGGCUCAGGGUCAAGGAAACAAUGCUUAAAACAGGCAUAGGCAAACACUGCCCUCCAGAUAUUUUGGGACUACAACUCCCAUCAUCCCUAGCUAACAGGACCAGUGGUCAGGGAUGAUGGGAGUUGCAGUCCCAAAACAUCUGGAGGGCUGAGUUUGCCUAUGCCUGGCUUAAAACCAUAUUUUGCUGGCAUCUUACAUCAGUUUAAUUGCCUUGCAUCUCCUGGUCAUCUUCACAGACUUGCUGAUUUGUUGGACAAGGAAAGGGCACAUACUCCCACCUUGAUGUCCCUCUCUGUGGUGUAGUGGUUAGAGUGUCAGACUAGGACCUGAGAGUCCAGGGUUCAAAUCGCACUCAGACGUGAAGUUACUUGGUGACCUUACCUCUCAGCCUAACCGACCUCACAGGGUUGUUGUGAUGAUUAAAUGAGAUUGGGGAAGAACCAUGUACGCCAGCUUGAGCUCCUUGGAGAAGAAGGUGGGAUAUAAAUGUAAUUAAAUAAAUGGUGGAAUUGCCCUAAAGUGACAAUUUUCAGGAGUCACGUGUUGAAGAAGUCCAAUAUAUUACUCACCGAGAAACACUAGCAAUUCCCACCCUGGUGAUUUUGAACAUCUGGGAUGGCCAAAAUUUGGAUUAUAAAAAUAAUGUGCUACUUGCUAAUGGCAGCAACUGACCAUCACACACUUUGGAAAGUACACAGAUAAACUGACAGUGGAAAUUUGGUAUGUAAAGUUCAUCUGCACAAAGGGCUGUCAAGAAAAGGGUCUUCUACCCAGUUUCAUUUGACUUUAUUAAAUAUAUAAAUUAUAGAGCAGAGGAAACAAAUAUACCAGCAGAAACAUGCAAAUUUAUGGAGCCUGUGAUAGCUAAAAGGCAUGACAAUGGAGAUCAGUGACCAGGAUCUUGGGAACUUUGUGCUGUACACUGUAGACUUGUAGACCUUGUGAAGAUAGUCAGGCUAAACACUGGCUCUUGUUUAAUAUUUUAUUUAUUUUUACUUAGCUUUGUUGUAAUUCUGGAGAUUUCUCUCAUGCAUUUGUUGCUGGCAGAUUGUAGCCUUGUCUUUACAAAAUUAGUAAUUAGUAAAAAGUGAAUUAAUCUUAAUUUACGUUUUUUUCUCGUGCUUCUCAUGUAUGACUAAUACUAAAUGGAUUCUGUUAUUGUUUGGUUGUUUUCUUUGUAUGGUUGUUAUUAAUAUAUUUAUUCUGCAUUAUUGUUAGCAAAGCAUAUUUUUAAAACCCAGUUUAACUAGGGAUGACGGGGGACCAAGUCAAGGAAUGGGGGUCCUCCACAUGUAACAAGGCGUCUGCUGCACCACUUCCAACCUGAUGAAAAUCUGUUGUCUGCCUCCAGCUUAUGCUUCUGUGCUUCAGAGUGUACGGGUCAACAAGACUACCAGCUGCUCAUUCACUAGACAAUUGUCCUAUUCAGCAGUUGGCUGAGAAGCCGACCCACUCACAAGAUUUGUUGCUAGCUGGAACGUCCCACAUGGAAUAAGGGCACCUCAGACUGAGCUGAUCUGUCCAGGGGUGGGGAUCUGCCUCUUGGGCCAAAUUGGACAGGUGGGCAGGGCCACACCCUGCCAAUCACACAAUGCCAUUAUGGUGCUUAAUAGUCUUGCCUUUUGCAAAAGGGCUAUGUGAAGCAGCUCUGGUAGUCAGAGGGGGGAGGCGGGGGCUGUCUGAAAUGGGCUUUGCCUUUGCAAAGGUGUCAUUUGGAGCAGUGGGUGGGUGUCAGCAGGGUAUGGGGGAGUUCCACACAACUCCACAGGUACCACCACCAACCCUUUUCAAGUAGAAGGACAAAGGGCUUUAAUCCUAGCUCAUCAGAUGAUGACUGGGGAUUAAAUCCUGAUACCUAGGCUGCAAAAUCCUGUUCUUAGAUGAGGCAGGAUUAUACCCUGUCCUGCUGCCCAUCAGCUGACACCACUAAUGGGGGAAAUGGCCUAGUGCGCCAAGAUUGGCCUGCAGGCUACAGGCCAUUCCUGUUUCAUGAAUAGUCUUGGUUGCCAGCUUGAGAAAUGUGUUCAUGAAGCUGGGCCUUCCCCCUUCAAUUUCUAGUCUGAAAAUGGGAGCCAUCACCUAAUAAUGGCUACAUAUUAAUUUGUAGAAAGUUUGCCAGUGUGACAGUAGGGCUUAAACUGGAGGUCCCGGGUUUUAACUCUUGCAUGGGCACACAGGAAAGGUUCUUUUAUUUUAUUUUAAGGAAUUGUCUGACUCAAAAUACAUUGAAAGUUGCUUUACUUUUGGAGUGCUCGACAAUACCCCACAUAAGAAAGGCUUAGGCGUUUUAAAGCAGAAAGGAAAUAUUCCAGCUGUGUGGUUGCAGGCGGUGUGGCUUUUUGCACGCUGAUGAUAGGGCUCCUCUUCACUUGCAGGGCUGGUUACAGUUCUAUGGCUACCUUCCGCAGUCCAACCGCCAGAUGUCCACCUUGCGCUCAGCUCAGACCCUCUCCUCAGCCCUCUCUGAGAUGCAGAGCUUCUAUGGCAUCCCUGUGACAGGCAUUCUGGAUGAAGAGACAAAAGCGUAAGUUUUUUCCUGUUCAGAAGGUCUUCCUCCUGCAGGUCACCUGUGAUGGGAAGAGGGAUUUCUCCUUGUUGGAGAACUGAGGCAAGGGAAACUCCAGGAGGAUACAAUGGGUGUUGUGAAGGAUGCUCCUUCCUGCUGCCAGCUCAGCCCUCUCUUCCUCCAUCCUUUUGCCACUGAUCUUUCUGUUAGAUGGGAGUUUCCUCUCUCUCUCUCCCCAUCCUUCCAAGCACCCAGUUGCUCACCUUAGCACUUUGCAAGAACAAGGCAAGUGGAGAUGGGGGCGGCCUCCUUCAGCUUUUAAUGUGGGAAUUCCCAAAUUCAUAUCUGCAAGAGAAUCACUUUUGAGCAAGUGGGCAUGGGUGCUGGCUCUUGGUGUCCUGUGUACGUGCAUGAGGGCUUAGGCUUGACUGUCGCUUGCAGGUGGAUGAAGCGGCCCCGCUGCGGUGUCGCCGACAAGAUUGGGGCUCAAGUCAAGGCCAACAUGCGGCGGAAGCGCUAUGCACUGACUGGGCGGAGGUGGAGCCAGGCUCACCUGAGCUUCAGGUACGUUCCACAGCUGCUGAGGCAUGAAGCAGGACUGUUUGGGGAGGGAACCUUUGGUGCAGGGCAGGAACUGGCUGUAGAGUUGACAGAAGCUUGAAGACUUUGCAAAUGUCUUUGUGCUUUAAAAUGUGCAUGAUGCAAUUUUGCAGAAAUAUGCUUGAUAAUCAUCUUUAGAUUGCAGAGUCUGGAAUUACAGAAUUCACAAUGCUUUGAGAAACAAAGGAAAGAUGGGCAGCAUUAGGAGGGGGAAAGUGGAAGAUGGGGAGGGAGCAUAAUUCAGAGGCCCCACCCCUUGUUGACUUUUCUAUGCCGCCAUAAAGACUAGCAAUAUCUCUAAAGAAUAGGAAGCUGAAGUUAGCCUAGGAAGUUUUGCCUUGCAUUGUGCACUGGCAUUCAUAUGGAUUAUGCUGUGAGUGGACAGAGAAUCCCCUCAUUUGGUCCCUGCUGCUUUUCCAGAGAUGCCUAGAAUAGCUGGGUCAGGGUCCUGCAGAAGGGGAAAAAAGCAUUCUCCCUAUAGAUUCUCUAGGACAUUGAAGGCUGACCAGUUUUUUGUGACCUGAGCCUCUGUAGGAAACGGCCUGCCUCGUCAGCUGUGCCACAUACGCUGGGCACGAGGGUGGUGGUGGCAGCAGCGAUAUAUAAACCCACAUGUGGGUUGAGGUACAGUGGAGGAAAAAAAACCCAGGUGAGACCUCGAGAUCAAAUGCAAAGUUGCCCCUUCAUAGCAAAAGGGUGACCUGCCCAGAUGUGCACUCAACACACCCUCUCCUCCUCUGCCUGCUUGCAUUUUCUGGAGCACCAAAGCCUCAGCAAUCACAAUAUGAAACAGGGGCCAGUUGCUUCUGUGAGCAGGGCAGUCCACUCUCCAUUCAUUCUUGCUGUAAGCCUCUGUGGAAUUCAUCUGCCAGUCUUUGCCUUUCCACUACACCUGCCUUUCAGUAACUUUUUGCUGGUGUGCAUCUUUGCUGCUGAAGGGCUCCUUGGGACUAAAAAGGCACGUGGCGUUGCAGCUGUGGGGAAGGCUUGCCUUGCAUGGUUCCCCCACCCGCUUCCAGUAAUGCCUGUCCUUCUGUGUUCCCAGCAUCCAGAACUACACAGAGAAGUUGGGGCUCUACUACUCUUACGAUGCCGUCCGCCGAGCCUUCCAGGUGUGGGAACGAGUGACGCCCCUCAUCUUCCAGGAGAUCCCAUACGAUGAAAUCCGGCACAAGAGGAGGAAGGAAGCAGACAUCAUGGUGCUCUUUGCCUCCGGAUUCCAUGGGGACAGCUCCCCCUUUGAUGGCACCGGGGGCUUUCUGGCGCAUGCUUACUUCCCGGGUCCUGGUAUGGGAGGAGACACGCACUUUGACUUGGAUGAGCCCUGGACCCUUGAGAAUGCCGAUGUGUCUGGUAAGGAAGAAUCUCGGGCCUGAGAAGGAUGUAAGGAAGGCGUGCUCUUCUUGCCAUAGGCAAAGGGAUCUGACAUUGACAUUGGCCUAGAAUACCAGGAACCUCAGUUGGGCUCUGCCCUAAUGGUUGGCCAUGGGUAGGGUUGGCUGGGAUUCCUCUUCCACGUCAGCCUAAUAAGCUGUGGAAUCGAGGGGAAGUGAGUGGAGCUGGGGAACGAUCCUUCCCUGUUGUCAACAGGGAACAACCUCUUCCUGGUGGCCGUCCAUGAGCUGGGGCAUUCCUUGGGCCUGGAGCAUUCCAACAACCCCAGCGCCAUCAUGGCUCCUUUCUAUCAGUGGAUGGACACAGAAAACUUCCAGCUGCCAGAUGACGACCUUCGUGGCAUCCAGCAGCUCUAUGGUGAGUGCCAGGCAAACAAGGUGUGUGUGUCUUUGUAUGUUUAAGGACUGACCAUCAGCUGUCAUAUGCAUGUAAACAAGAUUGCAGGAUUGGCCUGAGCCAUAGACAGAUGCUGUGUUAUCUUCCCGUUUGUUUGGCAGCUUCUUCAUUCAUCAGCCGAUAUAUUAAGCUCUGCAGGGCCAGGCAGCGGUCUGAGACUGGGCCUUUUCUUUGAUGGGACCUUGGCUCUGGAAUUCCCUUCCUGCUAAGAAGUGAUUGGUGCCAUCUUCGGCUAGCUUUUGACAUCAGUUAAAAAUGUGUUUAUUCCCCCAGGGCUUUUGGGGGGAGAAUUGACCUGACACUGAGCUAGUUGAUUGUCUGAUGUGACUUCUGUUGGGGGUUCACUUCAUGUCAAGUUAUAGAUUACCUGUGAAUUGUGUAUUUUGUUAUAUUUUAACAGUUUUGAUUGUGUUUUUAUAUAUUUUAGUGCUUUUUGUCACGCUCAGCUCCUAUACCAGAUGAAGGGCUGGAUAUAAGUUGCAAUGAACAAAACCCUCUCCCUCUUUUCUUCCUCCUGCCCACCAACUCAGGUCCUCCAGGGGGACAGCCUCAGCCCACCAAACCCCUCCCUACUGUGGUACCCAGAAAGCCAGGUCCCAAGCCUCCUAGACCACCCCCUCCUGGCAAACCAGACCAGCCCCCCAGCCCAGGCAACCCAGACCAGUACGGCCCAAACAUCUGCGACGGGGACUUUGAUACAGUGACGAUGCUCCGUGGGGAGAUGUUUGUGUUCAAGGUACCUGUAGCUUCCUCUGUCCUGCCUCCAUGGUUUCUCUCUGCAGUUACCAGAGCAAUGCUUCAAGACGAGAGUCUGGCUUGUGCAAUGGGGUGUUGAGGGGAGCUCAGGAAUAACUGUGCCUCAAAUUCCAGAUUUUGUGACUUGUUCAAGUGUCCUAGACCCCUUUCCCUCCUCUUGUCCUAGGGCUGGAGCUCCUAGGCCUGGAGCUCUUGAAGUGGGCAGCAAGCAGUGGGAUAUGAGCCUCAUUUGCCAUGAUGAUGGGUGGCACCUACCUGUGGGCGAACCUGUGAAUAGGAGAAGGGUGUGGGUGUCAUGCCCCAGGACCAGAAUCAGCAGGCCUGAGCUUCCUUUCCCCAGGGCAGGGGGGAGGCUGUAGAAAGUACUUGAUUCGCAUGCCAGAGGUUCCAAGUUCACUGCUCCUCAUUUCCAUGUGCCUGAAACCUUGGGGAUGGACACUGUCAGCCAUUUUAGACAGUACUGAGCUGGAUGGGCCACUGGGCCUGACUUGGUAUUAAGCAGCUCCCUGUGUUUUUUUAUCCAGGGUCGCUGGUUUUGGCGGGUUCGUCAUAACCGGGUGCUGGACAACUACCCCAUGCCCAUUGGGCACUUCUGGAGGGGCCUCCCUGGGAACAUCGAUGCUGCAUAUGAGAGGCAAGACGGGCGGUUCGCCUUCUUUAGAGGUGAGAGAAGUUUAAAGCAAAGGCCCCGUAGAGGGUCUCCUGAGUCUUCUGUUGAGACAGCAGAAAUGUUCUGUGUGUCUUCCCCUCCCUCUCCUUCCCACUCCAAAGUGCCCCUGUGGGUUUUCCUGACAGACUCCUUUCUCUUCUCCUUGCUGUGGGGCCAGCAGAAGGAUGGUGGGCGUUUCAUGGGCACCCCUCAGAAAGUCCAUGUGUUGUGUUUUACCUCAGGGCCUGGAGUUCAGCCCAAAGAGCUGUUCUUAAAACUCCCUCCUGUGCUCUUUAGGGUGGGUGGGGAAGCUGAGUGUUGUGUUCUGGCCCCCUCUGUAUUACCAUUAUCAUCAUUCAUUUAAUUAAUCACCCACCCUUCAGCCUAAGGUCCCAGGGCAGGUUACCAGCAUUAAAGCACAUUAUUAAAAAAUAGUUUGAAACAAAUGACAAUCACAGAAAUCAGGUUGGUCUGAACAAUAUGCACCUCAAGUGUGAGAAACCAGGAUUAAAAAGUAGCGUAAACAGACAGACGCCUGCACUCAGCACUGAAACCAGCAACCUGCCCCACCCACCCCAUCCUGCCCCAUACAUAUUAUUGAGGUGAAAUAGGCAGGACUUGAUAGAUGCCAUAGAAUUGGGCAUGGAGGUGGGGGGGGGGUUUCCCCACAAGAAAGAUAAGCUUCUUGUGUGCUUCAUGGCCCAGCCUCUGCCUAAUUUUCUUUUCUGCCCUUCCUCCAGGGGAUCAGUACUGGCUUUUCCGUGAGGCAAAUUUGGAAGCGGGUUACCCGCAACCCCUGACCAGCUACGGACAGGGCAUUCCUUACGACAAGAUGGACGCAGCCAUCUGGUGGGAGCCUACAGGGCACACCUUCUUCUUCAGAGGGGACAGGUGGGUACCUGGCGUGUGAAAGGCGGCAGCAGGGCUGUUUCCCCAGCCAGAACUCAGUUCCAGCACCUCUCAGCCCAGCACCGUUGUCGUUAUAAGAGAACAAGGGAGGCGUUCUUGGUGAGUUUUUGUAAUAGCACUUGGUGGCAGGAUCUUCAGAUGGCUGGAGAAUCCCAAGAUUUUUGCCUCCUAACCUUCCCAGGGACUGAGGCAUUUACCAAAGGUGUGGGCAGGGUCUGUAAAGAGGUCCCCAAUUCAGGGACGAUGUUUUCCCCCUGCCCAUUAAGACUAGCACUCAGAGUUUGAUAAGUAAGUAUGGAGUGUGAAUGGUGAAAGAAGGGCCAGUGAUUCGCAUUCCUGCAUUGCAGAGGGGGGAGGGUUGGACUAGAUGAUCCUCAGGGAUCCAACACUAUGAUUCUGUAACACUAGGUACUGGCGCUUUGAUGAGGAGAGCCAUUCUGUGGAUCCAGGAUACCCAAGGAAGAUCAGCGUAUGGGCCGGAAUCCCUCAUGCCCCCAAGGGAGCCUUCUUAAGUUCUGAUGCCAGUAAGUAGAAAAGGACCCUGACCUGGCAAGACAAAUGUGGGCUCUCGGUAUAGUGAGCAAAGUAGCAGCUUGAGGAGCAGGUUACUAAAGUUAUGAAUGCUAAUAAUGAAUAUUUUGUUAGUGCUGUUGGAAGCAGGAAACCAGAGAGGAGAAAGGCAGGCAUUAGGUCACAGGACAUCGGGGACUACAAUUCCCAUCAGCUCCAGUGAGCAUGUUCAGGGAUGAUGGGAAUUGUGGUGCCCUUUACAGAUUUGCUAUCCUUGCAUUAGAUGUUACAGGAAAGAGCAAAGCUUGUUCUUCCAUCUGCGCUGAAGAUGAUGCUGGAAAGAGACCCACAUCUAAACCCUUUGUGAGGAAGGGGGGAGAAGAAAGAGAUCUGCAAAAUAACUUUUUGUGUAAACCGUUUCCAGGUUUUCUUACAAUCAAGCAGUAUAUAAAUGUUGUUAAAAUAAAAUAACUUUUUAGAGCUACCUGCUAAACUAAAAACUAGCAAGUUGGCCUUCAAAUGUGGAAAUGCCAGUCUUGUAGCAACAAUAUGCAGCUUGUUGAAGUCUGCUUCCUUACUCCACGGGAGGAUAGUUGAUAGCCCUAUUUGCAGGUCACCCAGUAAGUCAUGCCUCUGAAGGAGCCUUUCACUUCUCCUUACUCUCACGCAGAGCAGGGAACGAGACACCAUCGCUGGCUUCACAUCCUGUUUCAAUUAGGGAUUGUGGUUUGUUCUGCUCCCGAGAAACCACGGCCAGUUAACCAAGAAGAAAACUUGGCUUCAGAUUGUGGUUUGUUGGGCGUGAAACAAAACUCACGAUCCUUGUUUGAAGCCAGGGAUGGCGGCUUCUUUCCUCUUUGUGUAACCUGAGAGGAGGAAAAGAACAGGUCCUCUCAGGUGUAUCCUUGGUGAGCCAAAUUACUUUUUAUUUCUUUUUGCUGCCAUUGCCCAAACUGGGAGUUUUUGGGAAGCUAGAAAAAUUUGCUUGGGGAGAGGGCACAGAUCAGGCCCCCUAAGUGGGAAUUAGCUACCCCCUGCACUCCAUGAUUUAACUGUGGUUUACUGUGAUGUGUGAACUGAGUCAAUGUAAAGCCAGCUCCUUAAAAAUGAUCCAAGGAGUUCUUGAGAGCUACUGGCCCAUCUGCUUGAAUUAUGUCCCCCAUGUGGACUGUAAAGCAUGAUCACAGCAGCAACGCUCUGCUGAGGAAUGAAUGAAUGGUUUUUUCCACCAUGGAGCUAACUGAACAGUAGAGUCCUGCAAGAAUCUGUAUUAGGACCAAUAGGGUUAAAUACAUUUAUUGAUAAUCCAGAGUCAGAGGAAUGGUACGGUGAUUUAGUUCGCAAAGGGCCUUAAAUAAUUCAUAACAGUGGAAGCCAAUGCUUAAUGAUACAAGCAGCUAAGAAUACACCAGAAUAUCAUUAUUUAUUUUUUCUUUCAUUCAUUUAAAAGCAUUUUAUAUACAACUUAUUAUUUCAAAAAUCUCUAGGUGGUUUUAUGGUCUAAAAAUAAACAAUAUAUCACAAAAACAAAACCGGUUAGAGAGUAAUAUAAAUACAUAUAAAGUCAAUAUAAAAGUGGAUUAAGCAGGAAUUCGGAAAAAGCAAACACAUAAAGCAGAUCUUAAGAGUCACAGAAAGCCUGGGCAAAAAGAGAACGUGAAAAAGCUGUGAGCCGUGGAAAGGGACCCCAACUAACAGUGCCUACCACCUCCUGUUUUCCAGCCUACACUUACUUCUACAAAGGCAGAAUGUACUGGAAGUUUGACAAUGAGCGGCUGAAAACAGAACCCGGGUACCCCAAGUCAAUCCUGCGGGACUUCAUGGGAUGCCACGACGAGGUGGCCACAAACCCCGACCCCGGCCGCAGGUGGCCCGAUGUGGGCAAGCCCCCCUCCCACCCCGAUGGCCCAGGACAGGACAAGGAAGAGGAGGUGGUGGUGGAUGAGGAAGACAAUGCCGUGGACACUCACCCUGCAGAGAAGGACAAGGAAACCGAAGCGGAGGACGAUUAUAGUGAUGGCGUUGGAGGCGGCCGGGAGCAGGGUCCUGGCCAUGGCAGCGAUGUGGACAUUGUGGUGCACAUUAACGACUACCCCCUGACCAUGAGCAUCAUCAUGGUGACGCUGCUGCUCCUGCUCCUGCUCUGCAUCCUGGGCCUCGUCUACGUCAUCGUGCAGCUGCAGCGGAAGGGCACCCCACGCAUGCUGCUCUAUUGCAAGCGCUCCCUGCAGGACUGGGUCUGAAGCCACAGCUGACCUGGCUGCUGCUACUGCUGCUGCUACUGCUUCCGCACCACCUCCAAGCUCCAUCAAGAGCUUUGGAGCACAGGACAGGUGGGGAAACUGCCUUGUCUUCCCCCGGGCAUCUCUGGAGGAGAAGCUCUUGAAGUCUCUGGGCUCGUCUGGACCACGGCUCCCAGCAGAGUCUUUUCACAGGAAGGUCCCCCAUCCCUACCUUUGUGCCUCAGCCUUGGAUACCCCGCCUCCCCCCAGGCAUGGGCAGGUGGAGGGUGUGUGACUGACCUCCCCUGUUUGAUUGGCCUGCCCGAGUGACGGACAGCCCUUUGGAAAGGGUGCGGCAUGUGGCCUUCUCUUAACCUGUGGGUCUCGUCCCCCCUCGUCUACCUAAUACACGCAUGGCAGUCCAGGCCUGUUUGCAGGUCUGAAGGAGGGGGCCCUGCUUCCCCAAUUUGUGUCUGUGCCACCCCUGCUGUGCAUGUACUCCAGAAACUGUGACCUGAUGCCCCCCGCCCCCUUGGGGGUGGGAGAGACACUUCAUUGCCUGCCAGGGCAAGUCGCUGAGUCCUCCCCCAUCCCCAGCCAAUGGGCUGCCCUGGACAGGUUGGUGUGCCCAUGGAUAGCUGCAGAUGUAUUCUCCCUUGGGCUCAGUAACCGACAUCCUGAAAACCUUGACUUUUAUUUUCAAAGGUGCUUCCCGUCCCACCCUGCCUCUUCAUUUGCAGAGCAAAACGUGGGAAACUUUUCUACUGUAAUUGCCAGAGCUACUACUGCUGUGAGGAGAUUGCGCAGGAAUAUUUGGAGAAGGGACUGUUUGGGUGCCCUGUGUGUGUGCAUGUCUGUGUGACUGUCUCCUUCCCACUAUGUGACUACUGCUCCUUACCUACCUCUCCCCCCGCAUUUCCUACUUCUCUUUGUUCCCAUUGCCCUGGUCUUUGCUGCAUAUCUUGGAAGCAGACUCUGCUGGGUGGAAUAGCCUUGAUGCAGACAUAGCCCUGGGGUUUGGGUUCCUGGGCUGCCUUGGAGGCUGUUGGGGGUGUUGUGCUGUAACUGUGAAUGAGGAGUGACCACGUGGCUUGAUUUCUGAGGCCCCCCUGUAUCACUUUGGAGUAGGCGAUGAUUCAGCUCCUCAGAGGAGGGACCUGAGCUGGUGUAAGGAUAACCCCUGGGCUUUGGAAGGCUGAGGACCAGUUUGUCCAUGGAAUAUAUCCUCUCUCCCAAGGAAGGUGGAGAUGUACACUCACCUUGCGUGAACUGAGUGCAUGAGACAUUUGCACAGGCAGUUCACCUGAAAAAUUGGCCACAGAAUUUGCGCAAGUGUGCAUUUUCCUGAAAGUGGGAGGUGCAAGGAGGAUGGCCUUACUAAACCUAUGCAGGGUUGCAGAACUCGGCUCAAGGCCAUGAGAGAUUUAUGUUGAGAUCAGUUGGACACUAGGGCUGCUGUCCUAACAGGUUUUGUUCUUUCCAAAGAGACUCUGCAACCACUCCUUGCAACACAGCUAUAGUUCCCUUGGUCUCUCAAGAUGCACUUCCAAGCAGCCCCAAUGUUUGAGGGGGAGCCUGCCCCCCUUCCUCUUUGGCCACUCUCUUGCCUCAGAGUUUCUGCCUCCAACUACCAACCGCCUUGCGUCGCAACAGGCAAAAGAAGCAAAGUUGCAUUGAUUUACAUAGAUUUCUGUGACUUCCAAGUGCCUUCACAUAGCAUUUUGGGGUGUAUUUCUUUGGACUGUAAAUAGGAAGGAUUCUGUAACCUGUACAUGUUAUACAAAUUAAGCGGGCCUGCUUGUACGAUCAUUUAUUCUGCUUCUGUCAAUGGUAAUGAGGACCAAAGAGCAAAGAACCUCCUACCCCUUCCCUAAUCACUGGAGAUCUAAUUUAAUGGCUCUUUUCCCUUUCUGAGGCUUCUCUAGGUGUUUUCCUCUCAGCUUUACAGAUAUUAAUAUUUUUAUGCUUGAAAUUAGCACCAUAUUGUGGCUUGUCUUCCUGUUCUCUGAAUCUCUGAAGCUGAGCAGACUGAGAAUCCUCUCUCAUCCCCCCUCCCUUUCUCAUUUGUAUUUAAAACAUGAUUGCCCUCCUCAGUCUUCUCUACAAUGACAGGAACACAAUCUCCUUGAUUCUGAAAAGGGAAACCCCCAUGCCAAGGAGUUGCCCCACAGGCCCUGUUCCUGCCCACUGCCCUCCUAUAGGCUUUUUAGCCUCUUAUCUCUACACUAUUUCUCUCUUUAAUAAUAAUUACAUGUAUUUUUGAAAACCUGGCGCUUUGGAAGCAGAAUUAAUGAUGCAGCGUAAGCAAUUGCACAUAAUUUUGGGGGGUUUUUUGUGGGUGGGUGGGAGUCCACAUAUAAACCUGGCUGUCUGCAUGAAGAAAGCAAAACCACCCCUACUUGGAGAGACCCUCUUCAGCCCCUUGCUCAAGCCUAGCUCAAUUUGUCCUGAAUAUGUUAUUUCCAGAAAAGUGAGCUCCAGAACACAUCAAAUAGUUGUUGUUUAAAAGACACACAAUUUUGCCUUUCUUUAGAGCACCCAGGUUCGCGUGUUCAGGCCAGGCCUGGCAGCAUCUGCUUCUUUCCUCCUGAUCCUCACUUGGGGUCCUGGCCCCAACUCUUCCCUCUUCCUCUAUUGUUGUUGCAGAAGUCAUCCAAUAUCUAGGUUGACUGACUUGGCAAAAUGAGCCUAAUUUUGUGCAUACACUGGUGUAAAACUUGCUGCUGUGGGUGUUGACAUCUCUGUGGUAGUGGGGUGGGGGUUGUGGCCUGAACCCAAGCAGUCUCCCCCAGCCCUGCCCUUCAUCCAAACCGACUUUCUCUUCCCCCUCCAUUCUAAAACCACAACAAGCUGUCUCCUGCUUUUACAUUGAUGGGAGCAAAGCAGAGUCAUGUGCAAAAAAAGAAGAAGAAGAAAAGGGGGGCACCAGGUCACAAGUAGAACUUCAGACACGGUUGAACCCCGAAACUUUAAAACAGCAAGAGAAAAUGAAACCCCAGCUUUGCUGUGGGGAUGAGGGCCAGCCUGCUGUUCUCGGAGCGUGCCUUUGAUGGGCCGAAUAUAUUGGUGCAUCUCCUAAGUGCAAAGACUGAAAAGCCAAUUAAUUUUCAAUGCGCAGAACUACCAAAAAAAUAAAACAUUCACAGCUUGCCAAUAAACCACAACAUUUGUGCUGACCUU